AUGCAUCAGCGCUUACACCAUCAUUAUACACUGCCUCAUGCUCAUCCACAUCACAUUCACCCGCACCACCAUUCGCAUGUGCCCAAUAAUUUAACUAGUAACCUUGCAGCGCUAGCCCAGAAAACGAUUAGUCUCUCCGAGUAUCUGCGUCCGCCGCAGAACGCGCCGCUCUUCCAUCCCGUUAAGCUGCCGGGACGUCGCCCGUAUCCGGGCCCCAUCAAGAAAGUGCCCGCCUCCAGACCGGUAUUACCUCAACAGCUGCCGCGUCACCCACCCCCUGUGGGUCCUCUACUCUCCCAACCUUCAGUAAUAAUAAAUCACUACCGCAAGCCGGUGCCCAGUUUGCUUAAACCAUUUCUCAAGGAGCAACCAUUCCCCUUACAACCUAUUGCUGCCUCGGUGCUCCUGCUGGGUCAGCCCACGGAGCUGAGCGGUAAGGCUGGACAACGUAAGACGGAUCCUCACCAUCUGAAACCUCAACCUGUUAUUCCACUUCCGGUACCUUAUGAUGAUCUGGAGACUCAAAGCACUCUACAGAACAGUGCUUACUUCAAUUCACAUGUCAAGCCCGAGAAAAAACCUCUGCCGACACUCUCGUCGACUACCACAACGUCGUCACCCUUCAAGCGCCCAUAUAGCACACACGAGCCGCAAGAGGAGCCGUCACUCCAAGAGAUCGCUAGCAUGCGCCCAGCAGUUAAUCAAGGCUUUAAGCCCGACUCUGUAGUUGUUGAGAGCGGCUUCCGGCCAAUUAUAAGAAACGAUGGCAAUGGAGUGCAACUGCCGCCCGAAAUUGUGGAGCAGGUGGCACAUCGACGAGAGGAUCCUGGCACCGAAAUCGACGAAGCAAUGGAAACUGAUACACUCUUUCUAACCGCACAGCAAGGCAAUGAACCCCAAAGCUUUGAGCCCAUGUUUAUUCCAUCGCCAUUGGACAGUACUAACGCCACCAUACUGCUUAAGAAUUCGGCCCCUACAACGACAACAGCCUCAUCAUUGGCCUCGGCAUCUGCGUUGCGCUUGCCCUCCGCGGCCCUGGAACACGCCUUGCCCAGUGCCUCAAAGCUGCGAAAGCCAACGCUCGAAGAAUUAUUCGGAGAAGAAUUGUUAGAAACAGGCCCAGACGCAACAGCAGAGGAGGAACAAUUGGUGGGUACAAUAAAUCCAGCUUCUAAACAAACUGAGCAUACAACAACUGAAAAAUUGUCCAAGACCGACACGGACUACAGUGAUUUGGCCAGUCUUUUCGAAGGAGAGGAUGAUGAACAGUUGCCUGCAGAUGAUAUGGAAGAGGAGGAAGAUAAGGAAGCGCAGGCAGCAGAACGAAUCGACACUUACUACCUGCCUCCGGAUAAUCGAAAAAUACCACAUGCCGGUCUGCCCAGUGGCGCUUUAUACACCUUUGACGGCAAAUCUGUGGUGGAUAGCACCUUGGUGCUGCCACCUAAGCUAGAAGCUCGCGACACUGGACUGCUCCGACGUCCGCACUAUGGACUAACACCACUGGAAGAACUAAUACGUACUACACCACAAUUUGGCGCCUAUCGGGGAGAGCUGCCAGAAGAGUUUCAAACGACGGAGAACACAGUGCUGCCGCCUGUUCAGCAACCUGUGACAGAAUACUCCAAUCCAGUGCCUUACAGUCGCAGCACAGCAACAGCACGCAGCUCCUCGGGCAGCAGCACAUAUGGGAGCACUUCAUCACUGUUCACCAGCAGAAUCAGCAGCAACAGCAUCCAUUCGCACACAUCACCAUUGCCAUUAUCGUCAUUGCGACCCAUUUCAACAAAGUUGCACUUACUUAACGCCGACAGUAACAAUAGUACGUAG